AUGCAUUCUGGUUUCAGUAAUUCUCUGCUACCCCGAAAUCGCAUUAUUCUUAAAAAGAUUCUAAAUGACAACUAUGCAUCUUAUUAUGACCGACAUACAAGCUUGCAUGAUUCAGAUUAUGAAAAUUUCAUGUCUCAAGAAAUUGAAUCUGGUCUGUGCCAAGUGCUUCCGGAAAACCAUAAUUCCUCGUUAAGAUGGUCAGUUAUAAGACGCCAUCUUGUUGGUGAAGGUUCUCACCGCCGCGUGUCUACAUUAAUCAAAUUACAAACCCAACAACUUUUAAGUUGCUCAUGUGAAUUAAUACUUAUUGAAAGACUUCCUUCUGGAGUUUUUGCCGAUCCGUUUGAAUUACAAAGUCUUGCUCAACGCGGUGUGUACGAUGAUAUAGCUGUCUUUGGUGACACAAAUCUCGAGUUGCCUUCGUUCUUGUCCAAUCGUUCUGCCGUUGAAAUCCACCUACAAGUUGAUCUAAAUACAUUGCUACAGCCAACUGAUAUCAGCAUAGAGCUUCCUUUGCACGCACGAUAUCAACCUCUGAAUGAAAGUGGCUAUUCAAUAGUCGAAUUUAGUGCACCGGAUACGUUACUGCGCUGCCGCAUGAAGGAAGAACUGGAAAAUAGCAAUUGCUUGUUCAAAUUGAUAAAUGAUGAUGCCAAUCUGUAUGAUGCUGCUCUUGUUUGGAGAAUACCAUCUGGAAAAAUGGCGCACUCUCAUCUUGUCUCCAUUGUUACAUUUCUUACAGCCUUCUUAUCAACUCUUGUAGUUAUGGUAACAUCGUUGCAUUAUUUUAAUAGUAGAGUUAGUAAAGAUUUGAAACAGUCGUAA